CCAGACAUGACUAAUCAAUGUGCAACGUCGGCCUUUUAAUGCUGUGCCCAAUCUGUGAUUCUGUGAGCCUCACUUUCCCGGGAGAAGAAGCAAUGGCGACGUCUGUGAAGCUGAACUCUGGUGCUCUAAUGCCCAUUGUUGGCCUGGGCACCUGGAAAUCUCCUCCUGGAAAAGUAACCGAGGCAGUGAAAGCGGCCAUCUCUGCAGGCUACAGACACAUCGAUGGGGCGUACAUUUACCAGAACGAGGUUGAAGUCGGCGAGGGGAUAGCGGCCAUGAUCAAGGACGGAGUGGUCAAGCGUGAGGAACUUUUCAUUGUUAGCAAGCUGUGGUGUACUUUCCAUGCCAAGUCCAUGGUGAGAGAAGCUUGUGAGAAGACCCUGAGUGACCUUAAACUGGACUAUCUCGAUUUAUACCUGAUGCACUGGCCAAUGGGAUUGAAGGCCGGCAGCGACCUUUUUCCUACGGACAGCGCCGGUGACACAAUUCCUGAUGAUUCCAACUUCCUCGAUACAUGGGAGGGGAUGGAAGAGCUGCUGGAUGCCGGAUUGGUCAAGGCUAUCGGGGUCUCCAAUUUCAACCGGGAUCAGAUCGAAAGCCUUCUCAACAAGCCGGGCCUCAAAUACAAGCCCGCUAACAAUCAGAUAAUUGCAAACCAAAACCAAUGCUCCGUGGAAACGGCGGCUUCACGUGAACAUGUGUGCCUGAAGGUGGAGUGCCAUCCCUUCCUGACCCAAGAGAAGCUGAUCAGCUACUGCAACUCUAAGGGCAUCUCUGUGACUGCCUACAGCCCCCUCGGCUCCCCCGAUAGACCUUGGGCGAAGCCAGACGAACCAUCACUUCUGGAGCAUCCUGACAUCAAAACAAUCGCUGCGAAGCUCAAGAAGACCCCUGCUCAGGUUCUGAUCCGUUUCCACAUCCAGCGUAAUGUUGUGGUGAUUCCCAAAUCGAUCACCCCUCACCGUAUUCAGGAGAAUUUUCAGGUGUUUGACUUCCAACUGAGCGACGAGGACAUGAAAACCAUUUUGGGCUUCGAUCGCAACUGGAGAGUCUGCCCCUUUCUAAUGAACAAGAAGCACAAGGACUACCCUUUCCACGCUGAGUUCUGACACGGACAAAUCCCCGAGAGCGUGUGCUGAGGUUUGCAAACAUCGUGUCCCAAGAUCCGCUUUAUUAUAGCACUGUUACUUUUCCAUGUGGCCUUCAGGCGUUAGAUUUUGGCUGGGAAAAACUGCUUUCCGUCAACCAAUUUAACCCCAAAAAUUAGUCCUCAUUCCUAUUACGGUAUUCAUCAAUUUUUAUAGUAAUCAUAUCAACAAAUAAUUGGCCAUGUAAAGAAUAAUUGUAUAAUUUUCCCAUAGGACGCCAGCACUUCCCGUUAUUUGCACGAGUCAUAAGUGGCACUUGUGACUUCACUUCUUGCUGAGUCAUAUGUGCCACUUGUGACUACAUAUAUUUUUUGGUUUCGUCUUCCUUUUCACUUCUCAUGUGCCAAAGGGCCGCUGUUAUUGGUUUUAAAGAACACUUGUGCCAAGAACAAUUAAUAGCUACAAAUAAAUCAGAAAGCUGAUUUCAAAAUGUGUAGGUUGUGAUAAUGCUUUUUGUUUGCUUUCCAAUAAAAGUAGAUUAAGUAGCUACA